GGUAGAAGAAAAAAAAGUUAAAGCAAGAGGUGAGUCAGAGUGAGAGAACAAACGAAAAGCUCACAGUGGAGACGUGUCCCGGAUCGCAGUCUUUUCUUUUGCUAAUAAUUCUUCCUUUGACAGCAUGGAAGUGCCAAACACAACGAGGAUUGUGCUGCUCGGAAAAACUGGAGUCGGAAAGAGCAGCCUUGCUAACAUCAUUUUGGGAGAAGCCAAAUUCAAAAUUGACCAUUGUAAUGACUCAAAAAUAAAAUCUUCUUCAGCAGAAACCAAAUCCAUCGAUGGACGAAGCAUCACUUUGAUCGACACUCCUGGUUUCUUCGAUGCAGGAAAGUCUGAGGAGGAGAUGAAGCCAGAGAUGGUGCGGUGUCUCACAGAGUGCGCGCCUGGGCCCCAUGCUAUUCUCAUUCUGCUCAAAGUGGAGAAAUUCACAGAGCAGGAGAGGGCUGUGAUCACUCAAAUGUUUCAGUAUUUCUCUGAAGACGCGCUCAAACACACCGUAAUUGUCUUCACUCAUGGCGACCAGCUCCCCGAAGGAAAGAAAAUAGAGGAGUACGUAGAGCAAAGUGAAGGCCUGAGCGAUCUGGUGACCAGGUGCGGAGGCCGGUGCCACGUCUUUGACAGUAAAUACUGGAAGACCAAUGAAGGGGACGAGUAUAGAAGUAACCAGUUCCAGGUGGCAGAGCUACUCAAGACUAUAGAUAUUAUAGUGAUGGAAAACAGUUCAGGCUACUACACAGACGAAGCUAUACAAGAGAUAGAGAGAGAAAUACAGAAAGAAGAAAGGCAAAUUAGACAAGCAUCAGGAAACAUGCAACAGGAAGAGAUCAGAAAACAGGCCAAAAGCAACUACUUAAAGAAGCAAGUGGACAGAGCACCUCGAACAUGGUUUAGAGGUUUUAUUCGAUACGCAGUUAUAGCUGGAAUACUUGCAACUAUCUCAGCUGUGUUGAUCAAUUCCAAAAUGUUUAAGAUAUUUAGGGUAGCACCACAGGCUAUCGAAGUCCCAGCACCCCCACUGACAGAGGUGGUGACAGUAAACAAUGGCGCAGGUUCCAAUUCUCUCCCUGCCAGUCCAGUGGUAGAGGUAAUACAAAGUGCAUUUGAGUAUUUUAUGGAGAAAUACAAUGCUUUGUAUGAAAGAACGUACAAUCCUUGGAAUCCAUUUGAAUGAACACCAAGGCAGAAUCAAAUGAAAAUCAGCAGAAGAGAUUGUCAUUGAUGUAUAGUAGUCACAUCCAUAAGAUUUAGUAACUUAAGGUUGAAUUAAUUUGUCUAUUUUAUAUCUUACCUUGUGAUGGUGCUUGCGUCUUUGCUUUACAUUUUGGGCUCGUUCCUUUCAACUGAAAAGAUAAUUACUUUAUAACUUGUUUUGAUAUACUGAGAAGGAGUAGCAAACUUUUAGAAAAUGUCAAAUACAUGGAAAUGUAUAUUUUCCUUACUCAGUUAAACUUAUUAUCUUAAAUCUACAAGUUGUUGUCAUGGGUCAUGACUUUUAGAAUACGUCAUCUAUACUGUUUUUUGAUGUGUCUGUUGUGAGUCCACAAAAUGUACGGUUGUGAAAUACAAAAUCAAUCUGUACCCUUUAAUAAUGAUUAUGUAUUUUUUGAAUAUGUACUUUGUUUAAAAUGUUUUAUGUAACAAUAAACAGCUGAUUGGUAAA